AUGACAUCUGAUUUCUGGGCUGGUUAUAUCAGUGGAGCCCUUGGAAUCAUCAUCGGCAAUCCUUUGGACGUGGUGAAGGUCCGGCUGCAGGCUGGUAACUCAUCGGAUGCAUCUCCCUGUCCUAAUUUAACUCGCUUGGAGCGGGCCAGCUCUCUUGUGCGAGGCGCUGCUGCUCCGAUCUUGGGAUAUGGAGCUCUCAAUGCGAUUUUGUUUGUGGCAUACAAUCGGUCAUUGAUAUCACUCGACAGCUCUAUCACAGACCCCACCAAACCUGAUGGAGUUGCUUUGUAUAAGAUCUGGCUUGCCGGUGCUGCGGGCGGACUGGCCAGUUGGACCAUUUCCUCUCCGACGGAAUUGAUCAAGUGUCGCGCGCAAUUAAAUAAUCGACCGGAAAUAUCGUCCUGGACUGUUGCCAAAGACAUAUAUCGCAGUCGUGGCUGGAGAGGGUUCUACUAUGGUGGUGCAAUUACAUGCGCCAGAGAUUCCAUUGGCUAUGGGUUCUAUUUCUGGUCUUAUGAGCUCUGUAAGCGCUGGAUGAUGACACCAGAUGAGAGCUCGCACGAAGAAGCCCUUAAAGUACUUCUUUGUGGUGGCAUUGCUGGCAUUGUUACCUGGAGCUCGGUGUUCCCGCUGGAUAUGAUCAAGACCCGACUGCAGGCGCAGACAAUGCACGAACGGUCUUCGACUGACGCAUCUGAGGCUCGUUCCCUAUUGCGGCCUCGGCGAGCCUUGAACACAUUCCAGCUCGCCCGAGAGGUGUAUCAGGCCGAGGGCGUGCGUGCAUUCUAUCGCGGCCUCGGCAUCUGCAGUAUCAGAGCGUUCAUCGUGAAUGCUGUCCAGUGGGCGGCAUACGAAUGGCUAAUGAAGAAUCUAACACCUUAUGAAGCUCCAGUGGGCCAGUACUACGCAUAG